UGAUUGACUGGUUGUCAAUCACAGUUUACAUAUGUAUUUAUAUAAUAUCCCGUGCGCUGAAAACGAGACAAUUCCACCUUAAAUGCCUUUUGCGUCUGCGUCUGAGACCAUCGGCGCCAUCUUCGGUCUACCUUAAGCGCACAAUGUGGCCAACGAACGCAAGCGUACCAGCCAGGCUUCCGUCCUCAUUCUCCUGCCGGGGGAUCGCACUCCGGCUGCUCAGCUUUGACACAGCAGCGUCACUUGUGAGACAACAGACGCACUCGGGCCAAAGCCUCAUCCGCACCCGCAGGAGAAGAUGUCCGAGCCCAACAAGUACCGAGAGUGGAUCCUGGAGACAAUCGACUCUCUCCGCUCGAGGAAAGCCCGUCCAGACCUGGAGAGGAUUUGUCGAAUGGUCCGGAGACGACACGGGUCAGACCCGGACCGAACCAGGACAGAACUGGAAAAACUGAUUCAAGAGCAGACCGUGCUCAAAGUUAGCUACAAGGGCUCCAUCUCUUACCGAAACGCGGCGAAGGUGCAGAGGAAAAGCAGAAAGAAGAGUGAGUUUACGGCGGCUGGCGGCGGCGGUGGCGUCGGCGGCGGCGCGGAGGCAGCGAGGGAGAGAACCAAACACGAUCAUCUGAACAACAACGGCGACAGUGCGCACAGCUUCAGCGACCAGGAGGAGGCAGAGGAGUCGGAGCCCAGCCCAGAUCCCCACACUCAAACAUCAGCCAGCACCGCUGCCAAGAAGCUGAAGCCUGCCUCCAGCCCAAGUAGCGGAAACGGGUGCCUCUGCUGUGGCGCAACAACGGGCUGCGCCGUCGGGAGCGGCUGUAAAGAGGAGAAAGCAAGUGCAGCGAGAGACAAGAGAUUAGGAGAGCGGGUUCUGGGGGGCUGCCCGCCGCCCAGUCCCGGACUGGGGACAAGCACGUACCACCAUGGCGAUGGCAGCAGGACAACGCCGGGAAAAGACGAUGCAGUUGGCGGAGGAAACGCGCCUCGUGUGUCCGGAGCUGACAGCCAGAACAAAACUUGCUCAGGGAGCGUCAGCAGCAGCAGCAGCAGCAGCAGCAGCCUCCCUCCACAGCAGAGGCAGACUGCGCCCCACAAACCCAAACUUCGAGUCGGAGGAGGGGCAGGCACCAGAGCAGCGGGGAACCACGCCAACUCCAACCUGGGCGACAGACUGGUGGCUUCUGUUCGCAGUCUGUCCGAGAGGAGCCUCCGAGGGGCCCCCGCCGCCACUGCCACUGCCGCGACCAGAGGCCACAUAAAGCCACUGGGGCUCAAGGAGAUUUUGGGUUAUUUGAGCAGCCAGGAGCAGCUGUCAGAGGAGAAGCUGACCCGCGGCAAAGUCAAAGUGGUCAUGGAGAGAGAGGUGGCGAGAGGCAGGCUGCGCAGGACCCGCUGUGGCAACAUCACUCUUCCAUUGCGGGGGAUGGUGGUGGAGGAGGCGAUGCUGAAGAAUGCGCCCGCUGACAGACUUGUGAAGAGCGCACUGCAGGACCGGAGCACGGCGAGGAAGUUUAUGUUGUCACUGCAGCAACAGCAGCAGCAGCAACAACAGCAGCAGCAGCAGCUGCCCUCCCCCUCUGUCCAGGAGGAAGAGCAUAUGGACACAGGCAGUGAAGAAGAUGAACGGGGAGAGAAAGAAGAAGAAGAAGAAGCAGCUGAGAGGGAGGAUGGUGAUCCCCGGAGUUCUGAUGAGGAGGGAGGACUAUCACCAGUAGCCAUGGCAACCGAACCAGGGCUCACUGAUAUACCUGCAGAAGAUCCUGAGAUUCAGGCAGCAUCAAAGCAGGGGAGCCCCCACCAGCAGCAGCAGCAGCAGCAGCACAGAGCUAAAGGGACAGAUUCUCUCAUCAGGGCUCUGUCCCCACCUGUCCAGGGAGCUUCACUGUCACAGUGCAACGGCGGACACCUGGAGGACAGCGCUGUCCUCACCGAUCCACAGAAUCAGCAGCAGCGUGAUCCAAUCAACCACACCUCCCCAGCCUUCAUCGCUAUGGAGUGUAAGACAGAGGUGGGUGUGUCGUCCUGCCUGCUCACACCCACCGCUUCCCCAGGAGACUCCGGCCUGUCUGAAGAGCGCGUGAUAAAUGGAGGAGUUAGCAGUGCAGGGUUUAAGAAGUCUGAGGAGGCCAGCGGAAGCCCGCUGGACUGGACAGUGUCUGAUGUGGUCAGUUAUUUCACAGCAGCAGGUUUCCCUGAGCAGGCAGCUGCCUUUCGGACCCAGGAAGUCGAUGGCAAGUCUCUUCUCCUCAUGCAGCGCGCCGAUGUCUUGACCGGCCUGUCAAUCAGGCUGGGCCCCGCCCUCAAGAUCUACGAGCAUCAUGUGAAGGUGCUGCAGAGAACACACUUUGAGGAUGACGUCUGCUAACAACGCACACGCGAAACGCCGCACAGUUAUGUUUGUAUCAGCAUAUCGCUCAAGUUCUAUAAAAACGCAUGCAUGAAAUACAGUAGGCUUUACUUUUUAAACACACACACACAGACAGACAGACAUAUGCCCCUCUGUUUCUCUUCCUCUUGGUCACCUACGACUGCUCUGGCCCACAAAUGUCGCACAGGCCGAAACGGGAUUUUCCUGGACAACAAGGACUUUCUUUUAAACGGAGCACGAAUGUUUGAGGGAGAAAACAGACAUCCUAAAACUGUGACACAGAGGUGUUUAAGACGGUCACGCAAUCUCUCUUUAUCGCUCCUCAUUUACCAGCGUCAAGCACUUUCUUGAUAAAACUGCGCCAGGUGGUUUGUCUCUAAACUCCAUUUUUAUUCAGCCUGAGUGGAAAUGUGUUUCUCUUUUGCGAGGAUUUCAUGCUGUGGCUGUUUUUUUUUUUCUUCCGAUGAACACCAUAGAGACAGAUGAUGCUGGAUUAGAAGUUGACCAAAUGAAGAACAUUCCCAGGAACUGGACUGGAGGGUUUAUGAUAGUCUCCCAACACCAGGAUACAAUCUGAGUUCAUAAUCUUAUACAAACAACAAAACAAAACUGGUCGAAGCAAUAAUCUGAUAACUCCCCCUAGAUGUUUGACCUUGUCGUCUUAUUGAUCAGCAGGCAGUUGUUUAUUUUGUAGCUUCAUGUGUGUCGGCCCUUUUCCUCUAUGGUCCCAGCUCGCCUCGCCUCGCCUGGAGACGGCACAGUUUAGGUUGGU